GUAAAAUUUUAAAUCUUCCUACUAAUUAUUUUGAUUUUUAAAAACCACAGCAAAAAUAGCUGGCCAUCACUUCAUCAUGUCUACUGAAGAUGAAACUAGUACUAUCAACAUCCCACCUGAGCAACAGACUCCACCGAAAGCACAAAAUUCAAAGAAAGAAAAAAAAAAAGGACCCGAAAAGACUUAUGAAUCUCUCUUGGGCAGAUUCAAAGGUGAUGGUGUAAGAUACAAAGCUAAACUGAUUGGCAUUGAUGAUGUACCAGAGGCAAGAGGAGACAAAAUGAGUCAGGAUUCAAUGAUGAAACUGAAGGGAAUGGCAGUGGCAGCUCGUUCCCAGGGUCAUCACAAACAGAAGAUCUGGGUGAACAUCUCCCUCUCUGGUAUCAAGAUAGUAGAUGAGAAAACUGGGGUCAUAGAGCAUGAACAUUCAGUAAACAAAAUCUCCUUUAUUGCUCGGGAUGUAACAGACAAUCGUGCUUUUGGCUAUAUAUGUGGAGGAGAAGGCCAGCAUCAAUUUUUCGCUAUAAAAACAGCACAACAGGCUGAGCCUCUAGUUGUUGAUCUUAAGGACCUUUUUCAACUAAUAUAUAAUAUGAAGAAGAAGGAGGAAGAUGACAAGAAAAAGGAAGGUAGUGAAGCACUACCUGCUGAUGAAGCUGACAAAAUGAAACUGGGAGUUGACCAGAUGGAGUUGUUUGGGGAUAUGUCGACACCUCCUGAUAUGAGCAGUCCCACAGAAGCUAAAGAGAUUCUGUUAGUGGAUCUAAAUUCUGAAAUUGAGACCAAACAGACUUUUACAAAAGAGGACUUCUUCUCGAAUGACAUCGCAACCCCUCUUCCACAACCAAAGCUGCAGACACGCUUCUUGUCUGAGAGUUCUUUCUCUGCCAGUCUCACCUUCUUUCCCACACCUAAUCCAGACCCUUUCCGUGAUGAUCCUUUUGCACAGCCACAACAAUCAACACCUUCAUUUGAUUCUCUGAAAUCUGCUGAUCAGAAGAAGGAAACUCUGAGUACCUUGGCAUCGGUGGGUAAUGGUACUUCAAAUGGUGAUAUUGACUACUUUGGUAAACAGUUUGACCAGAUUUCUAAUAGAACUGGCAAACAAGAAGCACUGACAAGCCAGUGGCCACUUGAGAGUAAGUCUCCUGCAGCAAGAACGCUAAAUGGGGUACCCGAGAGAGAACAGAAUGGCUUUCUUAAAGGCCCAUCAAACCUGUGUGUGGAAGGUCCUUCCAAAGAAGUAUCUCUGCAGAAUGGAGUAAAGCUGGAUUCUGAAAGCAAUUUCCAGCUCAUGCCACAUGAGUCUAUAACAAUUAGCCCACCACCACAAAGUACCAAGCCAGGAAGAGGAAGGAGGUCUGUCAAGACUGCAUCAAGUGAUUUAUUUAGCUCAGACUUCUUUGUGACAAGUGCAGAGAACCUUAACUCGACCCCAGUGUCACAAACCGGAUCUGUGUCUUCUAGUCCACUGGACCUCUUCAAAACAAAUCCUACUGUAGCACCUCCAUUGGCUGGUCUAGGUGGCUUGUCAAUAACUUCAUCACCAUGGAGUGUACAGGCACCUGUCUUCACUCAGAAGGCAUCAGUCUUUCCUGGGUCUAUGAUGUCUGCUCAGCCUACAGGAUUUACUCAACCACUUGCCUUUGGCACUCAAGCACCUCCAAGCUGGAACCAGCCUCCAUCUUUUACUCCAGCAGCUACUCAGUCCUCUGGUCUCUGGGCACAGCCAGCACAAGUUCCAUCUAGUCCAUGGGCACAGCCACCUAGUGCUGGAAAUCCUUUCCAGAGUAGUGUGUUCCCAUCUUCAAUGCUGCCUGCUCAGACACCAUCUGUACUGCCCUCUGUGUCAACAACAACUAGCCCACCUCAGCCACCACCUAGAACUGUACCUCAGAAAGAGCUCUCCAAGAAAGAGAGUGAUGCUUUUAUUGCUUUGGAUCCACUUGGCGAUAAAGAGAUGAAGGAUGUCAAGGAAAUGUUCAAAGACUUCCAGCUGACAAAGCCACCUGCAGUACCAGCAAGAAGAGGAGAGCAGCAGAGCAUUUCAGAACCACCAAAGCCUGUUCCCCGACAAAGUGUUUUGCCAGCUGAUAGCCUGUUUGAAAGUGAAGAUACACCAGACCAUUCCAAUGACUCAUCUAAGGAAUCUCAGAAACCAUCUUAUGAUCCUUUUGGUGAUCCUUUCGGCAACCCAUUUGCAUAG